AUGAACCGUUUUUUCAGUUCGCGUAAAAAUGCCUAGUUCUAAUAAACAGUUUAGGCGUUUAGGGUUUUUGACUGUCAGUUUUUAGAAGGAUACACACUGGCGUAGUGACGUAUCAAUUUCUUCAAUAAAAGUGGGCCGUAUCGGUAUUGGAUUUGCCGUCAAUUAGGUUUCUUUAUUAAUUUAAAUAGUUACUUCACAAUAAUGGAUGAAGAAUAUGAUUGCAUUGUCUUGGGCACUGGCCUGAAAGAAUGUAUUCUCAGUGGAAUGUUGUCGGUGUCGGGGAAAAAGGUCUUACACGUCGAUCGAAACAAGUACUACGGUGGAGAGUCUGCUUCAAUUUGCCCUUUGGAAGAACUCUUCUCGAAAUUUGGGGUUCCUCCUCCGGAUGAGUCCUAUGGCAGAGGUAGAGAUUGGAACGUUGAUCUGAUUCCAAAGUUCCUUAUGGCCAACGGAAUGCUGGUUAAACUGCUCAUUCAUACGGGCGUUACACGAUAUUUGGAAUUCAAAUCCGUAGAAGGGAGUUACGUCUACAAAGGGGGCAAAAUAGCUAAGGUUCCAGUUGACCAGAAAGAAGCUUUAGCCUCUGAUUUGAUGGGAAUGUUUGAAAAACGUAGAUUCCGCAAUUUCCUCAUAUAUGUUCAAGAUUUCCAAGCCGACGAUCCAAAGACAUGGAAAGACUUUGAUCCCAAUACUCAAAAUAUGCAGGCUCUGUAUGAAAAAUUUGGCCUAGAUAAAAACACCCAAGAUUUUACUGGACAUGCGUUGGCUUUACACAGAGAUGAUGAUUAUUUAAACAGAAUGGCUGUGGAGACUAUUAACCGCAUUAAAUUGUAUUCUGAUUCACUAGCCAGAUAUGGAAAGUCUCCAUAUUUGUAUCCCAUGUAUGGAUUGGGUGAAUUACCUCAAGGUUUCGCUAGACUAUCGGCAAUAUACGGAGGUACCUACAUGUUAGACAAACCUAUUGAUGAAAUAGUCUUAGGCGAAGGAGGUAAAGUAGUUGGGGUGCGUUCUGGCAACGAAAUAGCUAAAUGUAAACAGGUUUAUUGUGAUCCUACAUAUGUCUCUGAUAAAGUACGCAAGAAGGGAAAAGUCAUCAGAUGUAUUUGCCUUUUGGACCAUCCAAUUGCUAAUACAAGAGAUGCACUAUCGACUCAGGUUAUCAUUCCUCAAAAGCAAGUUGGUCGUAGCUCCGACAUAUACGUCUCUGUAGUGAGUUACACUCAUCAAGUAGCUGCCAAAGGUUGGUUUAUAGCUAUGGUGUCUACAACAGUGGAAACCGAAAAUCCAGAAAUCGAAAUUAAACCAGGUUUAGACCUCUUAGGUAUCAUUCGUCAAAAAUUCGUCUCAGUGUCUGACUACUACGAGCCAACAGACGAUGGUCUUCAAUCUCAGAUCUUCAUCUCGCAGUCCUACGACGCUACCACCCACUUCGAGACAACCUGUCUGGAUGUAUUGGACAUCUUCAAGCGCGGUACAGGGGAAGAAUUCGAUUUCUCCAAAAUUAAACACGAACUGGGAGACGAAGAACAAUAAAAACCCAAACAUUGCAACUCAAUGUUACGGUGCAGUUAUCUAGGUAAUAAUAUAUGUGGAACUUUUUUUGAUAAUUGUCUAUUUGUUUAAUAGAAAUGGCUAUGUAGUCUUUAAAAGUUCAUGAUACUCUUUUUUUUUAAUCUGAUAUUCAAUUUUUUGUACCCGGAUAAUCAGGUAGUUUUAUUUAGCUUUUGUAUAACGUCACACAAAAGAGAUAUUAAGUUUUAUUUCUAUUUUUUAUGCAUUAUUUCUUCGUGGUAUUUCUAAAUACGAGUGUCAUUCGUAAAAAAAAGGUUCCCUGUGCCGCUGAAGAAGAGUGCGACGUACUGGGAGAUAUCUGGCAACACUGCCUUACACAUCAACUCUCCCUCUCUCUUACUCCACCACUUUCACGUCGCUGCAUUGCUCAGUGUCGGCUUAGCAGCUUUCGAAGAUAGAGGUCCACGUCGAUGUUAUCGCCAAUGUGAAAUUCAUGCUGUGAUACGUUUUUUAAAUGCAAAAUUGAUUUCAGCUAUUGACAUUCAACCAGUUAUUCGAAGUUUAUGGGUAAAAGCGCAUAUCUGUUCAGCAUGUUCGCAAAUGGUGUAGUGAAUUUAGUGAAGGCCGAACGGAAAUUCACGAUAAAUCUGAAGGUUUCCUGAAUGUUGAACAGAUAUAUACUUUUACCCAUAAACUUCGAUUAACUGACUAUGAAUGUCAAUAGGUGAAAUACAUUUUGCAUUUAAAAAAUUUCACAUUGGCGGUAACAGCGACCGGGAUCUCCAUAUUCGAAGGCUGCCAGACCGACACUGAGCAAUGCAGCAAGCCGAAAGUGGAGGGGUAAGAGAGAGGGAGAGUUAAUGAGUAAGGCAGUGUUGCCAGAUUUUCUCUUUCUCAGCGUAAUGGGGAACCUUUUUUUACCAAUGACCUCCUUACCUUCUACCAGAAAACUAGCUUAAAAUACGAACUUUAUAUUUUUGUUUGCAAAAAGGAAUUUAUGUAAGUUAGACAUAAGUUGUGAAAUUGUAUUUAUAUGAAUAUAUAGCUUUAUGUUUUAGUUAGAUGCAUGUCUGAAUCAUUGGUGAUAAGGCACUUUAAAAAAACGGUGUAUCUUUGUGAUUGAUUAUAUAUUACCAGAAUAAAAGUGGGUUAAAAUGUAUCAGCUUGAUGCCUUGAUCUAAAUAAAAUAAUUCUCAAAAAUAUUGUUAAAUAUUAUAUAUCACAGACAGUUUUCGACAUGUUGACUAGUCUGUGUUUUGGCAUGAAUGUUCUUUACCACUUAAUUGUCUCUAAUGAAUCUUUCGUACUCUUCUUACUGAACUAUUGUUAAGAGUUUUUUGAGAAUUGUUUAUAUUUGGGUAAAGAUUUGAUAAGCUUUAGCAUUCCAUUUUUAGACAGAACUCACUGUUUAAAAGAGAGUUCUAAACUCAAAACUCGUGCAAUCGUUUUCCCAACAUUUUUUUGUAUGCUGCACAAGGAUUGCGAAUAUCUGAAAGUUCUUUUACUGUAAUAAUAUAAAAUAAACUUUAAAAAAAGGA